AUGCUGAUCAUCCUGAACAUCUGCCUGCAGAGCGCGCUCUGGAGUGGAGCGGAAAACGUAUUGUCACACGAGCUUGGAGCCGUGAGCAAGGUUCCGCGCCCAGGACAAGAGCAGGAGGGUUUUGGCGAGCUAAUAGAUCCUGUUAUCCGGCUUGGAACCAAGAUCGCAUUGAUUGCUGUCGCGUGGGGGAUGAAAUACGACUACUUCGAUAUCGGCGCGCUCACGGCUGUGAUCAACAUCCCGUUUGCCUUCCUCCUCACCACCUUCUACAACAUCUCGCUUCUCACCGCAUUCGCCCACAUCGCCAUCGAGGUCAUCGCUAUUGUGGUGCCAACAUACCUCCUCCGCCCGAUCGCGGACGUCAACAACCCCGCCGUGCCGCUCCGCAACCGCUACCUACUUAACAGCUUCCAGGUCUCGUGGUCAAACACUGCACUCGCCGUCGGUGUCUAUGCCACCGUGCUAUACAGCUCGCUGCAGACCAACUGGCUCACCCUCUUCCUCAUCAACCACUUCGACCUUCCCAGCGUCGAGCUCGCGCACGACGUCCAGGCAGCGACCUUCGUCCCCAAGCUCCUCAUCGCAGGCUACGCGACAAAAGCUUUUCUGCUCGACCCCGCUAUCGGCGCGCAACCCGACACUGGGGCUGCGACUCCUGUGGGAGACUUCGAGCCUGCGACUGCGACACUGCCGCAGACGCUGAAGCACAACUUUUGGUUCUUCGGCCGGCGCACGAGGACGCUUAUUCAGCGGACUGCGGUGUUGAGCAUCUUCUUGCUUGCCAAUACCGUUCUCAAAGGCGCAACGCUGGAAGGCAGUGAAGUCAUCGGGUCUGCGGGCUAUGCUUCUGUCUGGAUUGUGGCGGCUAAUAUCUGCGCGUGGUGGUUCGUUUGGACUGGCGACGCCGAGCCGUGA